CCGGAAGUAAAGUACUAGUCUAGACUUACAUCUUCUUCCGGAGCGCCAUUAGACCCGCACUGAAGACUGAUCCCCCUCCACCCUUGACAAGCCAAACAUUUACUUCUGUCUAUUUCAAACGUGCGUGUGUGAGACAUCUGUCUCUGCCCGCUCUGAGCUCUCCCUGAUGGGCGGCUGGUCCCGCAGUGGCGUGCUGCAACUGUACCGAGCACUGCUCCGUGCAGGCCAACACCUACAGUACACAGACCGUGACUACUACCGGCGCACAGUGACCAGAGAGUUCCAGCGCUGUCAGACCCUCAGUGCCCCAGCAGAGAGGGAGGACGUGCUGAAGAGAGAGCAGUUCUUCCUCAAAAGUGGUCUGGGCUGGUUGGUGUAGAAGUGGUUCGUCAGCAGCAGACUGUCUGACCGCUAGCCGGGUGGACGUGUUAAGCUCUGGCAAAGCAAGUAAGCAAACUCAGACGAAGAAAAAUUGUCAGUUGAAAAGUCACCAACUUAAUCACCUCAGCCGUUGAAAUUCUCACCACUGAAGAGACAAAGAAAAAAAAAAAUUUGUUGUCCUGAUGUCACUAAAGUGAAGGGCCCUUUCUUAAAGGGCCAGAUUCCCCAUUACGACAGGGUGGACAACCAUUCAAGGGAGGAAAAAGAUCGAUGGCAGGAGUGAACGGGGACCGUAAAGGAAAGAAAGAUGACAAUGGCCUUGGCACAGCCAUCGACUUUGUGCUCUCUAAUGCAAAGCUGGUGCUGGGAGUCGGGGGCGCAGCCAUGCUCGGGAUCGCCACACUGGCGGUCAAAAGAAUGUACGAUCGAGCACUCAGUGCCCCAUCCAGUCCCACUAAAGCCGAUCCGUCGGGACGAAGAAGCUGGGAGGAGCCGAGCUGGCUGGGGUCGUCACCACGGACACUGAACCGCGACAUGAAACAGAACGUCAGCCGCUCUCUACAGACGCUCCCCACCUCCUCCAGCUCCUUCAAGCCAGGUUUGUACAUGUUGGAGUGUCUGCUCUACUUACUCAAUUCUUUACAUCGUGUUAUGGGCCGUGGUGCUGGUAAGGCUGAACUCCAGAAGGCACGGAUGCGCCUCUCGCUGCAGGAACACCUCUGGGCCUUCUUUCAAGAGCGAGUGGCGAUCCCUUCAGAAGAGCAGGCCCUCGCUCGGCGUGCUGCGUUGGAUAUCUGUGCGGAGCUCAGAGUCUUUCUCCAUGCUAAACUGCCCGAUAUGCCCCUACGAGAAAUGUACCUGAGCGGAAGUCUAUACGAUGACCUUCAGGUGGUGACUGCUGACCACGCCCAGCUGAUGGUACCCAUGAUCCUUGAGAAGAAUCUCUGGUCGCCUAUUCCUGGUGAGGACACCAUCAUGAACCUUCCUGGCUUCUGGUUGGUUCGUCGGGAAAACCUUGAGUACUUCCCGCGUGGAAGCAGCUACUGGGACCGCUGCAUGGUGGGUGGCUACCUUUCCCCAAAGAGCAUCCUAGAAGUUUUCGAGAAGCUCGUUGCCGGCUCCAUCAACUGGCCUGCCAUCGGUAGCGUUUUAGAUUACAUCAUCCGACCUGUGGUCCCGUCGGAAACGCUUACGCUAGAAGUGCAGUACGAAACGGACCGUCGCCUUUAUGUGGACUUCCUCCCAUUGCUUGUUAUGGAGGAUGGCGUCUCGCUCAUCGCCAAACCGCAUCGAUUGGCCGCCGAACGGCAUGAGAACCUGUGGCGGCAGAGUUUUCGCGUGGCGGAAACGGCGAAGUUACGUGCGCUCGAUCAGGAAGACGCCGGGUGCCGUUGCGCGUGUCUUAAAGUCAUUAAAGCCGUGUGUAAACUGAAUCCAGCGCUGGCACGAUUAAACGCGAGCCAGCUCACUAAUGCAAUCCUUCUCCUAAGUGAACAAGAGGGCGAUUGGACUCAGGAAGCGCUCGGCGAUCGUUUUAUGCAGCUCCUUCGUGCACUAGUGGGACACCUAGAGGCUGGGAGGCUACCCUGCAUCUUCAAUCUCAAAGUCAAUCUGUUCUGUGAGCUGACACCACAAGAAAUAGAUGAACUGGGGUACACACUCUACUGUGCGUUGUCUGACCCAGAGAGCCUUUUGAGAACUGUUUAGAAAACAAGCAUGCACAUAUGCCCACCACUUUUUGGUCCCCGCACAGAAUUGAGUUGAUAACACAAACCAAAAUAAUGGCAAUGUUUUCAUGUGUGUCUGUGUCUUGUUC